AUGUCAGUUUUGUUUCCGUUUUGGACUCGCACCGGUAAACUUCCAAGCUGCUGUCCACUUCUGUUAUUCAUCACUCGUUUGUUGAGUCGAUCUUUCUAUCAAUUGAGCCUGACAAGAUCAUUCGCCAUGGCAAGAGCUACACGAGGUUCUACACGAAUCGCAACGGCAAAGUCGUUGAAAGAUGAGCCGGUACAGCUCUCAAGCCCGCCAUCCAGUCCUCCAGCAACACCCAAACCUGGCAAAUCACGUAAGAGGAAGGCUAUCAAAGAGGAGGAUGCGUCACCUGAAAACCCACCAGUAACGCCCAAAAGCACUAAACGUACAAAGAAGAUGAAGAAAGAGGAGGAUGUUGAUGGCCUACCGCACAACCUCGGGUCUGGUCCCGGCCUGUCGCCAAAGACCGAAGUAGAAGACAAGGCUCCGUCUACAGGCAAGACGAAGAAAGUAACAAAUCCUAAGCCUGUUACCAAGACGAAGAAAGAAGGCGUCAGCGCCCUUGUUGAAAGAGCUACAACAACUGAAAAGAAACUACCCAAGAAGAAAGCUAGCUACGGCCUAACACCAGGGCAAACUCCCUAUCCUAACUACCCUCACCCCACAGCUGAAGAAUGUGAGGAAGUGACUCGCCUCCUCUCCAAAAUACAUGGCUCCGUCACCAUGCCUAAAACAAUUCCAACGCCCUCCCUCGAAGUCUCUGGGUGCGGCGAAGUUCCCUCCGUCCUCGACGCGCUGAUCCGCACGCGCUUAUCAGCGGCAACAUCUGGCACGAACUCCUCCCGCGCCUUUGCAGGCCUUGUCAAACGUUUCGGCAUUCUGCAAUCCGGCAUCGGCAAAGGCAGCGUAGAUUGGAACGCUGUCCGCCAAGCCGAUGUAAAGGAGAUCUUCGAAGCGAUCAAAUCCGGCGGCCUUGCGGAUGUCAAGAGUAAGGACAUUAAAAAGAUUCUGCAAAUGGUAUGGGAGGAAAAUCAGGCGCGUCGUGACGCAUUGAAAUCUUCAUCCACCACUGCGAACGAAGCAGCAGAGGAAGAAGAAACUGAGAUGCAGAAAGCGGAUGAAGAAGUUGUCUCCUUGGAUCACCUUCAUCUGCUAUCGAACGACGAUGCAUUCGCCCACCUGACUUCCUACCCUGGCAUUGGUCCCAAGACUGCUUCUUGCGUGCUGUUGUUCUGUCUACAGCGCCCCUCGUUCGCAGUCGAUACACACGUCUUUCGAUUGUGCAAAUGGUUGAACUGGGUACCACCUCCAGGUGACGAGCGUGGUCUUGCACCAGGCGCGAAAGGCACGUUUGCAGGUCCUACUCGCAAUUCUACCUAUGCACACUGCGAGGUCAGAGUGCCAGAUCACUUGAAGUAUCCAUUGCACCAGUUACUGAUCAAGCACGGAAAGAGCUGCCCGAGAUGUAGGGCAAUUACAGGCGAGAGUAGCGAGGGAUGGGAGAAAGGGUGUCCGAUUGACCACUUGGUGCAGAGGAGUGGAGCGAGGAAGGGAGAUGGGGCGAGUCCCGUGAAACCGGCAGGUAAGGCUACAAAAGGCAAGAAGACAAAGACCGAGAUAAACAGGAAGAAGAAUGUUGACAGCGAGGUUGAGAGUGAGGCUGAGGUCAGCGAAUUGAGCGAAGCGGAGAGCAGUGCGCUCAGCGAUCUUGUAAGUGAUGCAGAGAUCGAAGUAUCAGAAGAUGAAAGCUCUGUUUCUGAGUGA